ACGUGACGCGGCCUUGCUGCGGACAGUCUCGCGUUGACAGCUUAGUUAGAUCAUCGCUGGAAAAGAAAGGAUUUGCAAAUGGAGGUGGCAGAAAUGAUCAUUCUUUGAACGACAAAAGGUACAUCCGGCCAUGUCUGAAUCUCUGUAUGAGAAGUUCUUGGCCCCGGAGGAGCCGUUCCCUCUCCUCUCCCAAAGAGCCAACCUCAGCGAUGUGGGAACCCUGGACGUCAGUGACUUUGGGUGUCAGCUCUCAUCUUGUCACAGAACAGAUCCUCUGCACCGCUUCCACAGUAACAGGUGGAACCUUACUUCCUGUGGGACCAGUGUUGCCAGCUCGGAGUGCAGCGAGGAGCUCUUCUCCUCUGUGUCUGUGGGCGAUCAGGACGACUGUUACUCCCUUCUGGAUGACCAGGAACUAACGUCUCUGGACCUGUUUCCAGAGGGUAGUGUUUGCAGUGAUGUCUCCUCCUCCAUCAGCACCUACUGGGACUGGUCCGACAGCGAGUUUGAGUGGCAGCUGCCAGGAAGUGACAUUGCCAGCGGCAGCGAUGUCCUUUCUGACAUCAUCCCGAGUGUGCCAAGUUCACCCUGUCUGUUUUCCAAGAGGAAGCCAAAGCCCCACCCUCACCGUAACCUUGAUGAGUUACCAUGGAGUGCCAUGACCAAUGAUGAACAAGUGGAGUACAUUGAGUACCUGAGUCGAAAGGUCAGUACAGAGAUGGGCCUGAGGGAGCAGCUGGACAUCAUCAAGAUUAUCGACCCCUGCGCUCAAAUCUCUCCCACUGACAGUGAGUUCAUCAUAGAGCUCAACUGUCUCACCGACGAGAAACUCAAGCAGGUACGUAACUACAUCAGAGAGCACAGUCCCAGGCAGCGGGCCAGCAGUACCAGAGAGGGCUGGAAAAGGAGCAGUCACAGCAGCGCCAGCACCGGCGGUGUCAGCGGAGCCAGCAGCAGCAAUGGCAGCAUGGUCAGCUCCGCCAGUUCCUCCACGGGCUCUACAGCCUCCAACUCCAUCGCAGGUGGUACAGCAUCAGCCUGUAGUGGAAGCAGCGUUGCCAACAUCAGCAGAGCUCACAGUGACGGCAACCUCUCCAGUGCUGCAGAACGUAUACGAGACUCUAAAAAACGCUCAAAGCAGCGCAAGCUUCAGCAGAAAGCCCUCCGGAAGCGUCAGCUGAAAGAGCAGCGACAGGCCCGCAAGGAGCGUCUGAGUGGACUGUUUCUGAACGAGGAGGUGCUGUCACUACGGGUGACGGAGGAGGACGACCACAGCGACGACCUGGACAUACUGAUGUGACACCAGUGAAUCAAUCAGUGCUCCCUCUAUGCCUGCUCUGUCACACCUCAGCCACCACCAUAGAGCUCAUAGACCACGCUGAUACAGAUCACUGCAUGCAUUAGCUUUGAGUAGGCUAAUAUGCUCAUAAUGCGUUUUUGAUGGGCAGUAGAAGCUUGUAGAAGCCUCUAACAUAGCUUGUUAUAUUGCUUGCUAAUACUAGUGCAAUACCGUUAGUGCUAAAAAUGGUAGCUGCUGCAAACACUAAUAAGAUAGCUACAGCAAUAAUACUGCUAAUGCUUUGAUUUGAUAGUCUAGCCUGCUUUUAGCUAGUGCUAAUGAACAUAGAGGCUUGCAGCUACACAUGAAUAUACAAUACAAGUUAUUUUUUCAUCUUAACGUACUUAACAAGAGGGUUGCUUAUAGAUGCUGUAACAGCAUAUAUCCACUGCUACUAACGCAGCCACCACUGGCAGAAGGACAGAUCAGGCAAGAGAAGCAGAGUUUGGCCACAUUAUCCAGAUGCUGCUCUGUGAAAAAACAGGUGAUAGCAGCAAGUUUAUUGCUACAUAAUAUACAGGAGGAACUAUAAAUGGGUUGGCAGUAUUUUAGUUUACUUGGUUGUAGAUUUCACCCACCUGCAUACACAAAUAUCCAUACUCUACCAGGCCUUAUCUGCAUUGGCCAGAACUCUAUUCAUCUGCAGCUCUAUUUAAACUGCUGCAGGUGGGUGUUACAGGGUAUAUACAUAAAGGCCUACAGUGAAGGUGGUUUAAGUGUUAGAUUUCUGUUAUAAUUUGAAAGCACAUUAAUGGUGAAUAAGAGUGCCCUCGAGAAAACACAUGGGGAAAACACAAAAUCUUGAGCUUGAAACAUGGCGUUCUCAUUCUGAUUCAGACUCUAAAAUUCAUUUCAGGAGAAAAAUCCUCCUCCAAAACUACCAGAUACAUCUGAGAUUCCUGAAGUGGAAACUGAAGUGAAAUGAAGUGAGCUGGUCUGUCUUUCUAUCUGCUGAGUGUUGUGGUUCCAUUUCACUCUUAAGGCUUAGAGGGAGCACUGAAACAGUGCAUGUUUAAAUCGUCGCCCACACAGAGUCCCUGUGUGGUCCAAUAACUAACAACGUGCAUCAUUAACUGCUUACACCUGUUUAGAGAAGAUUUUGUGUUGUAAAUAAUGAUAAAUAACAGCAUAUUUACUGCUUGCUUUAAGGUUUUCCUCAGUGAUAAAGGUUUGAUAUAAAGUUUUUUUUCCCUCUGUGUAUAUAUAUCAUAACACGGUAGUGAACUAAUUGGUUAUCUAAGCUUAAAAUGCUGUCAGUUACCACUGGUUCUUUUCUAUAUUUAAGUCUUAUUUUGAAGCAUUUAGCUGUUUUGUCACAAGUACUUGAUUUUGGUCAUUGUCUCAGAUAUCUGUAGAACUUCGUCUAUCCAUUUUGUUUCUUUGCCAGCAGUCCUACUGUGUAUUUAGCCUGAGACAGACCUAAAUAAUCAGAUUCACCAUCAUGUAGCGUUGAUUACAUUUCUGUAUGACUUGACCACUAUGAUAGAUUUCAAGCAUUUGAACAUUGGAAAAUGUUUUACAGAUCACAGUGUCUGUCCACGUACUGUAUGGCUGGGUUUGCUUUGGCGCUAAACUUGAGCUGGUUUCUUAAGGAUGUGCUACUAACAUCGAGCCAUUGACUCAACUUUCAGAAGUGUGUUCAUUUUGCUCUGUUAUAUUACAUAUUUAUGAUCUACAGCAAGUGUUUACGAGGCACUGACACCUCAAACGGCUUUUUGUGGAGUUGUAGCUACCAUGCCCCAUUCAUAUUUGCUAGAAGUAGCACCCUGAAAUAAUUUUUUUGUGUUUUUGUUUGGUUUGUUUACCUUGUAUAUGAAACAUUUUCCCUCUGAUGAACCUCUGCAGUUAUUGGCUUAAAAGCCUGCUACUUAAUGUGUUCUGAGCUUUGGCUCUUGUCUGUCUCAUGUAUCCUGUUAUUAAUUACAGCAGUUAUGUUAAACGCAGCUUUAUGUAUUCUGUAGUUUUGAAUUAGUAAAAUUCUAUUUUGAAAAAAUAAGAUAAUUUUGAAAAAAUAAAAAAUAUGCCAGUGUGA